CUCACGUUUCAUUUCAUUGUAGUCGCGCGCUGCUGUACUUCGCACCCCCCCCACCCCACCGGUGCGUCCCGCGAGCCUCGAUCCGGUCACUGCUGCUGUUCACCGGGAUAACGCAACUUCACUGUCCGUGGCGAUGGUGAUUGACAGAUGAUCUGACAGAGGAAGACAUCAGACGCUGUCGCCGUGCUGGUUAUUAUGGGGUGUGCCUGUUGCAAGCAGAAGAAGUCCGCCAAAGAAGCAGCAGCAUCAGCAGCAGUGGAUGUUGCAGACCUGUCUCCUAGCAACGCAGAUGGAGGGUUGUCCGCAGCUUUGACUCAGGGCCGUUACUGUCCCGACCCCACUCAGACCAUCCCGGACUUCAACAAGGGCUUCUCGUGCGGCACCAUCUUCCUCAACACCAACACACACCAACGGCCUGGAGGCGUAACAAGUGGCGGAGUCACUCUCUUCAUUGCUCUAUAUGACUAUGACGCUCGCACGGAAGACGACCUCACUUUCCAGAAAGGAGAGAAGUUUCAGAUCAUCAACAAUACUGAGGGUGACUGGUGGGAGGCUCGAUCUUUGGACACUGGCAACUCAGGUUACAUCCCCUCCAACUACGUAGCUCCUGUCGACUCUAUACAGGCUGAGGAGUGGUAUUUUGGGAAGAUGGGGAGGAAGGAUGCGGAGAGACAACUUCUCGGCCAUGGCAACCAGAGGGGAACUUUCCUCAUACGAGAGAGCGAGACCACCAAGGGCGCUUACUCUCUGUCCAUCCGUGACUGGGACGAAAACAAGGGAGACCACGUUAAGCAUUACAAGAUCCGCAAACUAGACAACGGAGGCUACUACAUCACCACGAGAUCCCAGUUUGACACUGUUCCGCAGCUGGUUGAGCACUACACAGAGAGAGCGGCAGGACUGUGCUGCCGUUUGAUUGGCAGCUGUAAACGGGGCAUGCCUAAGCUGGCUGACUUAUCAGUGAAGACCAAGGAUAUGUGGGAGAUUCCCCGGGAAUCCCUGCAGCUGAUUAAAAAACUGGGCAACGGCCAGUUUGGAGAAGUCUGGAUGGGCAUGUGGAACGGCACCACCAAGGUAGCGGUGAAGACUCUGAAGCCGGGAACCAUGUCCCCCGAGGCCUUCCUGGAGGAGGCCCAAAUCAUGAAGAGACUUCGCCACGACAAACUGGUGCAGCUCUAUGCCGUCGUGUCUGAGGAGCCCAUCUACAUCAUCACUGAGUUCAUGAGCCAAGGAAGUUUACUGGACUUCCUAAAAGAUGGAGAGGGACAGAACCUGAAGCUGCCUCAGCUGGUGGACAUGGCUGCACAGAUUGCAUCUGGAAUGGCGUACAUCGAGAGGAUGAACUACAUCCACCGUGACCUGCGAGCAGCAAACAUCCUGGUCGGAGAGAAUCUGGUGUGCAAGAUCGCUGACUUUGGGCUGGCGAGGCUCAUCGAGGACAAUGAGUACACAGCGAGACAAGGGGCCAAGUUCCCCAUCAAGUGGACCGCUCCGGAAGCUGCACUGUAUGGACGUUUCACCAUCAAGUCGGAUGUCUGGAGCUUUGGCAUCUUACUGACUGAGCUCAUCACUAAGGGACGUGUGCCGUACCCAGGCAUGAACAACCGCGAGGUGCUGGAGCAGGUGGAGAGGGGCUACAGGAUGCCCUGUGCCCCGGGCUGCCCCAGCUCGCUCCAUGAACUGAUGGUGCAGUGCUGGAGGCGGGAGGCCGACGAGAGGCACACGUUCGAGUACCUGCAGUCCUUCCUGGAGGAUUACUUCACCGCCACGGAGCCGCAAUACCAGCCCGGAGAGAACCUGUGACCACCCUCGUGUAUAUAGGAGAGACAUGAAGCGAUAAUCGAACAGAGGCAGACAGACAGAGACACACAUACACUGACAGGCAUAUUGUAGUACAUGCACAUGCUGUCAUUGUAUUUGUUGCUCACACACACACACAUAUGAAGAUGCAUAUCAUUGCCUUGUUUAAUUGUUUAAAGACAGUUCCUUCCCUUUGGUCAGUGAUCACUGCAGCCCGCUCAGGACAGCUCAGUCAGCCGUGUUGGGGAGCAGAGUCGGAGCUCUGCUGGUUGGGCCUUGCAGGAAUGUUGCUUUACUCUGUAACCAUGACAACAAGGAACUGAAAGAAGAUGUAGAUGGUUGUGCUGAGGUGGGGGGGAAGUUGAGCUGGAACAUGAUCUGUUCAGCGACCAUAUAUGUUUUGUUUUUUUCACUGACAGGAGUGAUUUGACAGAGAUUAGCUGUUUACCUAAGAUAGAUACAUUAUUAUAAAAAGGAAAAUCAUCUGCAACAGGUUAUGGAACAACAGGUGGAAUACUGUUUUUGAAAACUGUGAGAAUGAACCUUGUGAACCUGUGUAACUGAGUUGAUUAUGUACAGACACGGCCGCUCUUAUGUAAGCUUUAAAAAGAUUGAUGUUCCUCUGUUUCAAACACUGUUUUGUUAUUUAGGUAAAGAACCUGAUCCCAGGUCUGGUUUCAUGUGUUCAAAUAAAGGGCUGGUUUGGAUUUUAAAUUCCCAAUCAUUUGUGUGCAAUUUUGUAUGAACUGUCUCCUCUGUUGUUCUAAUUUAACUCAGAUAUAUCUGUGUGUCACAACAACGUCUAUACCUAUAGUUAACAUGUAUGCAGUUUUCAGCCAUUGGGAGGGCAGAGGGAAGCGUUCUGCAUAAAGGUGAAAGAUCAGUGGAGAGGUAGUGUUUCAUUGUGUCGUCUUGAAAAGAAUGUAACCUUUAUGUUGAGACUCCCCUGUCAUUUUAUUUUAAUAAAGAUAACAUAUCUUUUCCAAGUUAA